UACACGUGAGUUUGUAAACAAGAGAGUGAGUGGAUGAACGCGGCCAUUCCCCGAGCUCCAUGAUAUGAAGGCCUGCUACUUUCCCCUGGCAGUAUUUGCCAAUGUGCUGUGUCUGUGUCAAAGCUACACGUUGAGGAGCUCGGUGUCCUGGGUCGUGUCCUCCAACGAUGUAGUGGAGGACGCGGACCUAUCGGAGGAGGUCGCCCCGGCGUUGCUGGUGGACAGCGCGGGGCUGUGGAAGCAGGCUUAUCCGUCCUCCAACGUCCUCGGAGACAGCGUGGAGAGCCCCGGAGAGCUGGUCAAGCCCGAAAACGACAAUGUGGCGCAGCUGUCCUCACGUUUGUUUUCAUAUCGGCUGGAGAAGGUGAAGAAGUCCGCCAGCAGCUCUCCUCCCCCGCACCAGGAGACCGCCAGGACUGCUAGAUACAUAGCUCAUUACAGUGACUGGGGACAUCUGUCCACCAUUUCAACCCAAGACAAGAUCAAAGGUCUCCCCUUUGGGAACAUCUUCUCAGUCAGUGAUGGACCACUGGACAACAGCACUGGAGUUAUCUACUUCUAUGUGACUCCAAUGGACAACACUGUGUCAGACCUGAAAAGUAACCCCUAUGCUUCUCUCACCUUCUCAGAAGCAGAGGGGGAGUUCUGCAGGCAAAUGGUGUAUGAUCCAGAGGAUCCAAGAUGUGCUCGACUCACACUAACAGGGAAGAUGGUGGAGGUGGCCCCAGAGGAGCUUGCAUUUGCAAAGGAGGCCAUGUUCUCAAGACAUCCUGUGAUGGCAAAGUGGCCAGUGGGGCACAAGUGGUUCUUUAUGAAGCUGGAAUUGAUCCAGGUCUGGCUGCAGGACUGGAUUGGCGGCACAUCCCUCAUUCCAUUGGAGGACUACUUUAAAGCUACACCCUUCUGAGAAUACCCCUCCCUCGGCAUCACGUCAGCCUACAGAAACAGAUUGGUUCAGCUGUCUACAGGACGCACAUCACUCUAAUAAGGCGUGACAGUUCGCAAAGCAGCAAUGUUCAAAGAAUAUUUUUAACAUUGUUUUCACUUAUUUUUGCUAUUUUAACACUUUGAAAGUGAAUAUUCUUCACACCCACUUUUUCUCUUUUGCCACUCAACUCGGUUUCCUGUGUUUGGUGAGUGAAUGUAUUUUAAGUCAGUAAGCUUAUUAAAUUCAGUGUUCACAGUCAUCACAGCUGGUAUAGAACAUUCUGCCAUUUAAUGUAUUCUUUUUAAACAUUGAUUACUAUUUUAUGGGUUUGCAUCAAACUAUGUGCGUUGUUUUGAAAAAUAAAUGAAUGUUAGC